AAUCUAGCAACUCGUCAGCGUUUCGCGGCAAAAAUGGGUCUCCGUUCCGUAAUGAUCUUCUGAAGUUCGCGGUCUUUGGGAGCGCAAGAACAAUAUAGUAUCGAUCUGUUACGGUGAUGGCUCUUCUCUUUCCUUCGUCGAGUAUUGCUUCUCUUUCCGUUGGCUUCCGGUAUGGAAUUUCGGUCAAGCUUUACUCUAAAACAAACCCUAGAAACAGUAGUAGAAACUCCAAUAGCUUGAGGGACAAAGGGAAGAUCGGAAUCAGGUUUACCGGAGUUAGAGUUGGGGUCUGUUCGGGCACUAAGGAUGGCGAGGUUGUGGAGGUGUCCGGUUUCGAAAACAAAGAAAGUAUAUCUUGGCAAUUCUCGGCUCCAGUAACGAAGCAGAACAGAGAGGCUGAAGAGAAGCAGAAUUACUACGUCAAUUUGGGAUAUGCUAUUCGGACUUUAAGAGAGGAUUUGCGAGAGAUCUUUUACCGGGAGCUUUGUUUCGAUAUUUACAGGGAUGAUAUCGCCUUCAAAGAUCCUCUCAACACUUUUGUUGGCAAAGAGAAUUACAAAUUAAUUUUCUGGGCAUUACGGUUCCAUGGUAAACUAUUGUUUAAGGCUUUGUGGGUUGACAUCCUGAGUAUGGGGCAACCUUUUGAGGGUGUUAUAAUGGUCCGGUGGACUAUCCAGGGCAUUCCUCGUGUCCCCUGGGAGAUCCAUGGCCGUUUUGAUGGCACUUCUGAGUAUAAGCUUGAUAAAAAUGGGAAGAUCUAUGAGCACCGUGUGGAUAACAUCGCUUUCAACUCCCCUCCAAAACUCCAAGUACUGGCAAUAGGAGACCUGAUUCAAUCCCUUGGAUGCCCCUCAACACCAAACCCAACUUAUUUUGAGAUCUCAUCCUCUCUGCUUAUGAAAUCCAUUCCAUUUCUUGUGGUGAAGUACUAUCUAGCUUUUGCCCUUGCUCUCACUUGGAGAUUUGAGGCAGAAUCUUGAGAAUUUGUUGACAUGCUAAACAAAUUUUGGUAUAGGUAUUGUUGUAAUAUACCAAAGAUGCUUCUCAGUUCUCAUUCCAGAUCUAGUCUUCCAAAUCAUUUUGGGCAACAUUUGACAGAUUUUGUAGUGUAUAUUGAAAAAAUGUUCUUGUUUGAGUAUGACUUCAGCGACAUCUCAAGAAACGACGGGAACUGGGUUGAAGCACCCAGGCUGCACCAUCGACAGGGAUCUCUGAAACAUUCUAUAUUGUAUAUUCUUACUACAGUGUAUUAAAAGUUCAGUAUAUAGUAAAUGGAAUAUUGAAUCCUUAUA